GGAUUGAUGCACUUGUCCGGUCGCCCUGUUGCAGCCUUUGAUCCUGAAGGGCUUAUUUUUGCAGCAGGUGUUAACUCUGAGAGUGUGAAGCUGUACGAUUUAAGAUCAUUUGAUAAAGGACCAUUUACAACAUUUAAGCUUCCACAAGAUAAAGAAUGCGAUUGGUUUGGUCUUAAAUUUAGCCCUGAUGGAAAAAUGAUUUUAAUUUCAACAAAUGGAAAUGUUAUUCGUCUUAUUGAUGCAUUUCAAGGCACCCCACUUCAGGCAUUUAUGGGCUUUACAAAUCACAAAGGGAUUCCACUGGAAGCUUCAUUUACUCCUGAUGCUAGAUAUGUUUUCUCUGGAUCAACGGAUGGGAAGGUUCAUUGUUGGAGUACAGAGUCUGGAGUCAAAAUGGCUAUUUUACAAUCAGACCACCCUGGACCAAUUCAGUGUAUUCAGUUUAAUCCAAAAUACAUGAUGAUGGCUUCUGCAUGUCAAAAUAUGGCUUUCUAGCAGCCAGCUGUGGAUGACUGAGUUUUGUUUUUUCAAUGAAUGGGUGAUAGUGUUGUUUCUGCUCCAGAUUUGAUGUAAUUCGCUAGACAAAAAGAGUAAAAGUAUAUUGUGAAUGUAACUAGAUGAAUUAUUUGUAUGAAUGUUCAUUGUAUAUUUAAAUUCAUUGGAUGAUUAUUUUCGUCUGUGAACAGCUUCAUUAUAAUUAUCAUAUGUUA